GAAAUUGAAACCGCAGGGUUUGAUAUUUUCACCAACUCUUUCUCCCACCCACUUCCCACCAAACCUCUUCUUCUUCACUUCUUUCUCAUAUAUCAUAUCACUCACCUAACUUAUUCCAUUUUCUUAAUCACCAAUCACAACUUUCUCUCUUCACUUCCUCAUUCACAUUUUCACUAUGUCCAACUCAUUAUUAUUUAAUAAUAACGCCACCACUUACCGAAUCUCUUUCGUCGACCAAUCUCUCCGCUCUUAUUCCGCCGCCUCUCGCCACGUUUUCAGAUCCCUCUCUUUCUCAUCAAACAUUCAUCACAAGUCACUGGAUAUGGAUGUUGCUGCGGUCGAGGAAAACAGAAGAAGAAUAAUAGUGAAGGCGAAAUCCAAUUUUGAUGAAUUGGACCUUGAUAUUUCGUUGAGUCCACGUGUCAAUGCUGUUAAGCCUUCGAGGACUGUCGCUAUUACUGAUCAAGCCACUGCUCUUGUGCAAGCUGGCGUUCCUGUUAUUCGCUUGGCGGCUGGUGAGCCUGAUUUUGAUACUCCUGCUGUCAUAGUUGAGGCUGGGAUUAAUGCAAUUCGCGAAGGCCACACAAGGUACACCCCUAAUGCUGGAACAUUAGAACUGCGCCAAGCAAUUUGUCAUAAGCUUAAAGAGGAGAAUGGAAUUGAUUAUACUCCUGAUCAGGUUGUUAUUAGCAAUGGAGCCAAGCAGAGUAUUGCUCAGGCAAUAAUCGCAGUUUGCUCCCCAGGAGAUGAGGUUAUUAUUCCAGCUCCAUUCUGGGUUAGUUACCCGGAAAUGGCAAGGUUGGCUGAUGCUACACCGGUGAUUCUUCCAACGUCGAUAUCAGAUAAUUUCCUAUUAGAUCCCAAACUCCUAGAAUCCCAAAUUACUGAAAGGUCAAGACUGCUUAUUCUUUGUUCACCAUCUAACCCAACAGGAUCGGUCUAUCCUAAGGAGUUACUUGAACAGAUAGCCCAGAUUGUAGCAAAGCACCCAAGGCUUCUGGUUAUCUCUGAUGAAAUUUAUGAACACAUAAUUUAUGCACCAGCAACACAUACAAGCUUUGCAUCUUUACCGGGAAUGUGGGACAGAACUCUAACCGUGAAUGGAUUUUCUAAGGCCUUUGCGAUGACCGGUUGGCGGCUUGGUUAUAUUGCUGGCCCAAAACAUUUUAUUGCAGCAUGUGGAAAGAUUCAAAGUCAGUUCACUUCAGGGGCCAGUAGUAUAUCUCAGAAAGCUGCGGUUGCUGCAUUAGGACUAGGCUAUGCUGGUGGGGAGGCUGUUUCGAUCAUGGUGAAAGCAUUUAGGGAACGAAGGGAUUACUUGGUUAAAAGUUUCGGCGAAAUAGAUGGUGUUAAAAUAUCUGAACCCCAGGGAGCAUUUUAUUUAUUCAUUGACUUCAGCUUCUAUUAUGGAAGAGAAGCUGAAGGAUUUGGUAAAAUUGAGGAUUCUGAGUCCCUCUGUCGAUAUCUGUUGGAUAAAGGCCAGGUAGCACUGGUACCAGGGAGUGCAUUUGGAGAUGAUACUUGCAUACGCAUCUCUUAUGCAGCCUCCCUUACUACAUUACAGGCAGCUGUAGAGAGAAUUAAGAAAGCACUUAUUCCUCUUACCUCUGCUGCACUUGUUUAGUGUUGUUUGUUUGUUGUAAUGAGUGUAUUUUAUUUUUGGGUUUGUAAUGUAUAAUCUGUCUGUUUAAUUUGAAAAUAAUAGGCUGUGGCUAUUUUCAUAAAUAACGUGAUGCAACUGUGUCAAUUAUUUAAGAUUACAAUCUCAAUUUUGAGGUUUGUAGAAUAGAAGCCCAUUUUAUGUGGUGGAGCCCAAAUCAUAA